CGCUCCGGACUGCGCAGCCCCGCGGCGGGCGGGGGGAGCCGGCGCCGGGGCUGCUCCUCCCCCGUCCCGGGUGGGAGCGCUUCGUCCACGUUUGCAAGUUUGCGGCGGUGGGAGGAGGAGGAGGAGCGGGCGGGCCGGGGCGGGCGGCUUUUCUCCCUUCCCUCUCUUCCUUCCCUCCAUUCCCUCCCUUCCCUCCAUCCUUCCUUCCUCCCCUCCCCGCCGAGCGCGCCCUGCGGCUGCCCCGCUCUCUGCGCUCCAUGGCGGGGCCGGCGGCCGUGCGGCGGCGGGGCCCGGGCUGCGGGUCGCUGCUGCUGCUGCUGCCGGCGCUGCUGGAGAGCUGGGCGGCCUGCCAGGCGCCGCCGGUGCCCGCCGCCGAAAUCCCUCCGGACGGCACCGAGCUCGGCGUCGAGCGGCGCUUCGUGCCCGAGAGCUGCCCGCGGGCCGUGCGCCCCGGAGACUUCGUGCGCUACCACUACCUGGGCGCCUUCCCCGACGGCACCCGCUUCGACUCCAGCUAUGACAGGGGAUCCACAUUCAACGUGUUUGUGGGCAAAGGUCAGCUUAUCGCUGGGAUGGACCAAGCUCUGGUGGGCAUGUGUGUGAACGAGCGCCGGUUUGUGAAAAUUCCCCCUAAGCUUGCCUACGGGAGUGAAGGCGUCCCUGGUGUGAUACCCCCCAAUGCUGUGCUCCAUUUCGACGUGCUCCUGAUAGAUCUGUGGAACUCGGAGGACGAAGUGCAGGUUCAGACUUACUUCAAACCUGAGAAGUGUCCUCGGACAGUCCAGGUGUCUGACUUUGUACGGUACCACUACAAUGGAACGUUCCUAGAUGGGACCCUGUUUGAUUCAAGCCAUAAUCGGAUGCGAACUUACGAUACCUACGUGGGAAUCGGAUGGCUGAUUCCUGGUAUGGACCAGGGUCUCUUGGGAAUGUGCGUAGGGGAGAAGCGCAUUAUCACAAUACCGCCUUUCCUGGCAUAUGGAGAAGAUGGAGAUGGUAAGGAGAUCCCUGGCCAAGCUUCCCUUGUCUUUGAUGUGGUUUUGCUGGAUCUACAUAACCCCAAGGAUGGUAUUGCUAUUGAGAACCAGCUCGUGCCUGAAUCUUGUGAGCGGAGAAGCCAGACAGGAGACUUUCUGCGAUACCAUUACAAUGGCACACUUUUGGAUGGCACAUUAUUUGAUUCCAGUUAUUCCCGAAACCGUACAUACGACACCUAUGUUGGGAAAGGUUAUGUGAUUGCUGGAAUGGAUGAAGGCUUGCUAGGUGUAUGCACUGGUGAAAAAAGAAGAAUAAUAAUCCCCCCUCAUCUUGGAUAUGGAGAAGAAGGGAGAGGAAAGAUUCCAGGAUCUGCAGUGCUGGUGUUUGACAUCCACGUGGUGGACUUCCACAACCCCUCGGAUUCGGUCAGCAUUACUGUUCACUACAAACCUUCCAACUGCACCGUACUGAGCAGGAAGGGAGAUUACCUGAAAUACCACUACAAUGCUUCGCUCCUGGAUGGAACCUUGCUGGACUCCACACACAGCCUUGGCAAGACCUACAACAUAGUUCUGGGAUCUGGUCAGGUGGUGUUGGGGAUGGACAUGGGCCUUCAGGACAUGUGUGUUGGGGAGCGGCGGACAGUCGUUAUCCCACCUCACCUCGGCUAUGGAGAAGAUGGUGUUGAAGGAGAAGUGCCUGGUAGUGCUGUAUUAGUUUUCGACAUCGAACUGCUGGAAUUGGUGUCUGGCUUGCCUGAAGGAUACAUGUUUGUAUGGAAUGGGGAAGUCUCUCCCAACCUUUUUGAAGAAAUAGAUCAGAAUCAUGAUGGAGAGGUUCUUUUGGAGGAGCAGCUGACCCCUGGUGAUUGAUGCCUUUUGGAUGGGAGAAAGAGACUGACAUCCAGCAACUGGUCAAGACGAGAGCUGUAUGAAGACUGCCCAGGAAGAAGCAGUCGCUGCAGAUCAACUGCUGCACAGCGCUGCCAGCUAGACUUCACGCCCUAGCUUUCAUUUUACACACCCUCCAUGACAAUAUAAACGACUCUCUUGCCCAGUUUUAUCUGUCCUUCUAUCCCUGCGCAGUGGUUAGGAAAGGAAGCCAGGAAGAAUAGCUGUGAGGCGUUCCUGCCUCUCAGCUGUGCUUAGCCUGAUUUCGGCGCCGAGCACCCGGCCGGCAGCAGAGACGUGGCUGCUGCUGUGCCCGGGGCAGCAGGAGCAGUCCCGCUGAACGCGUCUGACCGCAGCGGGGCAGAGGCCGGGAAAAGCCAUCGCUGUGGGCCGGCAUUCCCUCGGGACAGGCUCCUUCCGAAGAGCGGCCACCGCCUCAGACCCGGCUCGUGCCAGCGCCACCUGCUGCCCCGAGCCGUCUGCCGCAGCUCAACCAGCCCGACCUUCACCGGGAAAACCAAUCGCUCUCCGACAAACGCACCAAAACACGGCAAUGACAGCUAUGACACGCACCAAAACACGGCUAUGACAGCUAACAGGCUGCUUCUCUUCUAGUGUUUUCCUUCAGCUCUCUCCAGUAACAACCCUUGGAGGAGGUUACACGGUAGUUCACUUGCACAAAAUACACUUGUGUAUGCACACACGGAGGGAAGAGUGGUGGCUGAAGACGUGAACUAGCCAACACAGAAAAGAAUAUGUAUUUUGCAUGUAUGAUGUAACUCAUACUAGUGAAAAUAAAAGGUAAAAGGCA